AUGUUUGUUGAAACUUUUGCACAACCAUCACCAUCAAAACUUCUAGUUUACGCAACCCUAAUCCUCCUGUUGUGCAAUCAUACCUUCUCCCUGAGGCAUCCAGUGCUCACCAAUGUCACAGAUUGGCGAGCCCUUUUGUCCAUCAAAUCCGCGAUAUCGACGAACCCCGAGGGGUCUUUGCCCUACUGGAAUAACUCGGUCCACUACUGUCGGUGCCGACAUCCUCAGAGGGUCAUCUUCUUGGAAUUGGAAACCCUGGGUCUGGAUGGUUUCAUAUCCGCUGCCAUAGCCAACCUUACUUUUUUAAGGAAAAUUGAUCUCUCUGGUAACCAAAUUAAUGGACUGAUACCUCACGAGAUUGGUCGACUGCGUGGCUUGAGAUAUCUCAAUCUGAGUAUGAAUUCUCUCGGGGGGAGUGUCCCUUCUUCGGUUUCUCAUUGUUCGAGAUUGCAGGUUAUCGGUUUGAGUAGCAACAUGCUCGAGGGUGAAAUCCCCUCGGUUCUUGGAAACUGUUUAGACCUACGGAUUUUGUCCCUGUCAAACAAUCAUCUUGAAGGGAAAAUACCGCUUUCAUUAACAAACCUCUCCUUUCUUGAUGUUUUGUGCCUUGGCAGCAAUGAUCUUAGUGGAGAAAUACCAUCUUUGAUGGGUAAACUGUACAGACUGACGGAGCUUGAUUUGUCUGGCAAUCGCCUCACUGGAUUUAUACCGGCUUCGUUAUGGAAUUUAUCAGCCCUUUCUCAGCUCAAUGUGGCAGAUAAUUACCUUUUGGGUGUUCUUCCAACAAAUGCUGGUUAUUCUCUUACAUUGCUUCGGAAGAUUUACGUGUAUAACAAUCGAUUUCAUGGACCCAUACCUAUGUCAUUGUUCAAUGCAUCUACUCUUGAAGUCGUAGACUUCUCGAGCAAUAGGUUUAUUGGUGAAAUCCCUCAAAAUCUGGGUGGCUUACGAAAACUACGAUGGUUGAAUCUAUUGGAUAAUCAGUUAGAACUUAGAAAAGAUGAAGGAUGGAGCUUUUUGACUGGUUUGUGCAAUUGUACCAAUUUAGAGAAAUUGCAACUGGGCUCGAAUAGCCUUGGAGGUCUGCUUCCUAAUUCUAUUGCAAACUUGUCCACCAAGCUCCAGAUACUCUCUAUGUCGGAUAACGAAAUCUCUGGGAAUAUCUUUCAUGAGAUUGGGAACCUCGUAAGCUUGACAGUGUUUGACAUGGGUCAGAACUUGCUCAGAGGUUCAAUCCCUGCACCAAUAGGAUUGCUUACGAACUUGCAUGUACUAGAUUUAGGCACCAACAAGCUAUCUGGGGAAGUCCCAUCCACCCUUGGCAAUCUUACUCUACUGAAUUCUCUUCAUUUGGGGUCUAAUGAAUUAAGCGGAAUGAUACCACCUAAUCUGGGAAAUUGCCAAAACUUAAUUUCCUUAAACCUGUCGAAUAAUAAACUUACUGGUGGCAUACCUAAGGAAAUCCUUACCAUAUCAACACUGUCGAUAUAUCUCGACUUGGCAAGAAAUUCAUUAACAGGGUCAUUACCAGCGGAAGUAGGGAGCUUGAAGAAUUUGGGGGAAAUUGACUUCAGUAGGAACAAUUUGUCAGGGGAACUCCCAAGCAGUCUUGGUAAAUGUCAGGUGCUGAAGAACCUUCGCAUUAGUAACAACUUCAUACAUGGGAAUAUCUCGUUGGCUUUGAGUACAUUACGAGGCAUGCAAGAGUUGGAUCUUUCACAAAACAACUUGUCAGGGCAAAUACCAUAUGUUUUACAGGACUUCCCCUUUCUAUAUUAUAUCAACCUAUCAUACAAUAAUUUUGAGGGUGAAGUUCCAAGGAAUGGAGUCUUUGCAAAUGCAAGUGCAGUAUCGGUCCUUGGCAACAAUAACCUCUGUGGAGGGAACUCAAUGUUACAGCUGCCACCUUGCACAUUUCAGUCUACUUGGAAAAAGUAUUGGUUUGCUACACUUUCACUAAUCAUUGCCUUUGGUAUUAUAGGUGUAUGUUUGUUCCUAAUUUUCUGCUGGAUGCAAACUCCACGAAAAGAACCUAUUAAUAUAGAAUCUAUAUAUGUACAAGGAAGAAUAUCUUAUGCUAAACUUAUGAGAGCUACAAAUGGAUUCUCUGCAGACAAUUUAAUUGGACUGGGCAGUUUUGGUGCAGUCUAUAGAGGAAAAAUAGAUGAUGAUGAUAAGGAUAGCAUGUUUAGGGGGAUGCAGAUUGCUGUCAAGGUACUUAACCUGCAACAACAUGGAGCUUCCAAGAGUUUUACGACGGAAUGUGAUGUUUUGAAAAACAUGAUUCACCGAAAUAUCAUCAAGAUCUUAACAACAUGUUCAGGUGUUGAUUCCAUGGGCAAUGAUUUCAAGGCAAUUGUUUAUGAGUUCAUGGCUAAUGGCAGUUUAGAAAGUUGGUUGCAUCCCGAUGUCAAUGAGCAAGGUGAGACUAAGAAAUUGAAUUUUCUGCAGAGGAUUAACAUAGCCAUUGAUGUGGCCUCUGGACUGUAUCGUCUCCACAAAGGUGGUGAGAAACCCAUUAUUCAUUGUGACAUUAAGCCAAGCAACAUUCUCCUAGAUGAGGACAUGGCUGCCUGUGUGAGUGACUUAGGGCUUGCCAGAGGUCCUGUGGAAGCUCUGGUCAGAACGUCUUUGCAUACAAUCAACUCGUAUGGUUUUAAAGGAACCAUUGGAUAUGUUGCUCCAGGUGAAAAACUAUGCACCAUCUUAUUUUUUGUGCUUCUAUUCACAUAAACGUUUACAAAAUGGUAAUAAUGAUCCAUGAGUUUAAUCGUUCAUUUUUUUUAUUGAAUAUUCAAGAUCAAUUUUUCCAAAGGAUUAAUAAUUGGGUAAUUUACCCUGAACACUCAUGAACUUUCAACAUUUUGCAGUAAAAAUCACACUAAAUCCCCCCUCCCAAAAAAAAACUUUCUGCUUUGCAGCAACCCUCAACAAGUUUCUGCUUUUUGCAAAUAACCCCCAUAAAUUAGAACCAGAAAAUAACAUAAAAAGAGAUUUUGAUAAGUUAGUGGAGGUUUAUUGUAAUUUACCCAAAAGAAGGAAGGAAAAAAAAAACCAAACACACACAUACAGAGGGAAGAAGGCUCUACUGUAUGGUACAUGUUGUCAAUUUGAAUCAUUUGUCCUGAUAUAUACCAAGGAAUGAAGUUCAAAAUUAAGCUGAUUUUCCUCGACAAAAAAAAAGGAAAAAAAAGUAAGCUGAUGGAUUUACCAUAUUGUGCAUGUUGUCAGCUUGAAUCAUUUGUCAUGUUUUCAUGAAGUGAAAAGAAUCAUAUUUUAUUAGUAAUUUUUGCUCCUGGAGUUGCUCUGACACAAUAUGUGCCAUUGAUACACAUACCACACACAAAUAUAGAUAUACAACAUGGACACCCACAAUUUUGGCAUAUGGUGCUCUAUGAUCAUAUAUUCACAUCUCAAAUGCAUAAACGAAAGCAUUCUAAGCAUCUGGAAUACUUGACCCUAAAAUCAAGAAAAUGAAAAAUUGUUGAGUGGGAACUGAUUUUUUUAUUAGUGGAGCAUAAUGGCUAGAUCCAUGGGUAUGCAUUUUAAGUCUCAUGAUUUUUCGUCUAUAUACAACUUAGGGGAUGAAUAUCAUAGGAAGUCGUGUAAUUGAACAACCGAGAUUGUAACAGGGUUUUAGAUGUUUUAUAUAAAAUUUUUGAUUUUGUCUGCUGAUACCUUUACAUGCAAACCGAUACACACAUAUGUGUGCAUGUAAGAACACACUUAUAUAUACAUGUAAGAUAAAUUGGCUCAGGUUACUAUCUAGAGCGUUACGAUAUUCUCGGGGACCACCCCAAUGAAGAAUGUGCAUCUAUUAUUAUGAUAUUUAUACCAGAAUUUUCGUGUAUAAAAAAUGAUGCAAUUUUGACAUUGUUUAUUCAUUCAUCCGUUAAGCUUACACAAAAUGAAAGCUUUUCUUUUUCGAUAAUGUGGCAAAUAACACAAUUUGAUUAAUGAUGUAACGCCGUAAAGAUAUUCAAAUUACACGAUCAUUGCCUUUCUCUGAUGUUGCUUCCCUUGGUAAUCUCUCCUUUGCUGGUAAUCUCUCCUUCGCUGCCACUUCCCUUGGUUGUUGCCUUCCUCUGUUGUCGCUUCACUCCGCCAAAGAUGCCUCUGCCAAACUCCCUUCGCCUCUCCUCCCUUUAGGCCCUCUGGAGUGGGACGGUGAUGGGCCCAAAGGGAGCAGAGGUGAAGGAAGGCAGGCGCGAUGAUGGAGAAGAGGUUACCAACCUCACUACAGGUAACAGAACUCUACUCAAAAGUAACAAAUAAUAGGUGUGGUUACGGGUACGUGACACGACAAAUUUGUAAAAUUGUAGGAUACAAG